CCACUCGGGAAAGCCUUGUUUAAAGUCCGUCUCUUACCUUCAAACCACUCCCUUUAGCUGUCGGCUGAAACUGCCUGCGGUUACCGAAGGAGACCUAGCGCAGUAUAACUUUUAACAAAACUUUAAAGGCAAACAGAAAUAAAAACGUCUCGAUAUCGUUUGUAGUUUUAGUUCUUGAAAACCUCGAGAAACUUCUUCGCGGACGGACUGGGACCUGCGACACAGGCGCCAACAUGGUGUUGAAAUCGGAAGAAGGAGUCGUGCCAGACGACCUCACCCCGGAGGAAAAGCAAGAGCUGGAGAAUAUCCGGCGGCGAAAGCAGGAGCUGUUGGAGGACAUUCAGAGGCUGAAGGAUGAGAUAGCAGAUGUGACCAGCGAGAUUGAGAACCUUGGUUCUGCUGAGGAGAAGAAAAAUAUGCAAAGGAAUAAACAGGUGGCCAUGGGCCGCAAAAAGUUUAACAUGGACCCCAAAAAGGGCAUUCAGUUCCUGAUUGAGAAUGACUUGCUGAAGAAUACCAGCGACGACAUAGCUCAGUUCCUSUACAAAGGCGAGGGCCUCAACAAAACAGCCAUUGGAGAUUACCUCGGAGAGAGAGAUGACUUCAAUAUCAAAGUCCUUCAUGCUUUUGUGGAGCUUCAUGAAUUCACAGAUCUCAACCUUGUUCAGGCCCUGAGGCAGUUCCUCUGGAGUUUUCGUCUUCCUGGAGAAGCCCAGAAGAUCGACCGCAUGAUGGAAGCCUUUGCUCAGCGUUACUGUCAUUGCAACAACGGUGUUUUCCAGUCCACAGACACUUGUUACAUCCUGUCCUUUGCUAUCAUCAUGCUGAACACCAGCCUCCACAACCCAAAUGUGAAGGACAAGCCAACCGUGGAACGAUUCAUCUCCAUGAACAGAGGCAUCAACGACGGAGGAGACUUACCCGAAGAUCUGCUCAGGAAUCUGUACGAUAGUAUCAAGAACGAACCGUUCAAAAUUCCAGAAGACGACGGAAACGACCUCACACACACGUUCUUUAACCCAGACAGAGAAGGCUGGCUGUUAAAACUGGGAGGUAUGUACACCUGCUCUUCCCCAACGCUAGUCCAUCUCUCAGCUCUCAGGUGCAUUUGGUGGUCUGCCAUGCUUUUGUUCUGUUUUUCAUUUAAUUACAUACAAAACAGGGUUUUGUUUUCUCCGAUUUUGUUUUUGUCUCCAUCGACUCGUGAAUUUCAGAUGUUUGUCUCUUGUUUGUCAUCGAACCUGGAGGUUUUGUUUGUUGGGCGGUCAGCGGGUGAAUUUGUCACCUCUUGGGCUUGACUUGGGGUGCUGCUGCUUUGUGACCACUCUGAGUACCGUUUUUGUUCUCUGUAUGCUCUGGUGGUCACUCUCUUUGAUCUUUUUUUGAUCUUUUUUUUUUCCGGGAAGCUGCAUUAUGCCUUCUUUCCAUUCAGCGAACACAACAAAGAACUUUCUUUUAGAAUCGAUCAAAACCAGCCAACCAUUGGGGAGUUGUUGUUUGCUCUUUGGAAAAGGGAAUACUGCAUCUUUUCAUCAGCGUAGCUCUGCUCUACUUAUCUCAUGCUAGAAAUGAAUCUGGAGGGUAACGGUGGCUGCAGCCUGUUGUGAUGCUGGACUGGAUUGGGCUGAAUUGUGAGAGUAGCAUGGGUCGAGGGAUGUAUGAAAAGGGACUCAAACAUAUUUUAACUAUUACAAAGGAACAGAUCAGAAACCGUUUUAAAAAGGAAACUAGCGAGUGCAUGGGGUUUGCAAUAAAACCAUAUCUUUUAACCCCCAGUGGUCUGUCUUUCCACAGUCCUAUCUUGCAUGGGUAGUUCUCUCCUCUCAGCUCCAGCCCAGCCCAGCACCUCCCACACACCCCUGCAACAAUGUGCUGGGAUGUCCCGUCUCAUCCCACACAUUAUUGCUCGGGAACUUUGUUUUUAUGAGUGACAGAAACUGACAUCAAAUCAAUCACAACCUCGAAAUGGCCCAAUCAAGUCUUCGGCCAUCAGCUGUGUGAUUUUUGUUAUUGCGUCUGUUGUCUGUCAGUCUGUUAUAUUUUUUCUGUUUCAACAUUCAAAAGUCUUCAUGUGGUGAGGAGCUGCAGACCUCAAUCUGUCCAUCAUUACUGGUGUCUGUAGAUGCUGAAACUGAGGUGUCUGAUCGUGUGAUGUCAUAUACAGUGUCACUGCUGUCAUAUGAUAAGGAGUGUGUUCUAUAUGUGUGUACCGAAAUCUCUUUAAAACCUCAUCUGUUGGGAUACGGGUCUGACUUUUUACUAACAUUGGUGGUGGGAUUUUCUAGUCUAGACAGACAGGAUAUUCAUGUCUGAGAUGCCGUUAGAGAAGCUGAACGGCAGAGCCUCCUGUACUGCUCAGUUUGUUGGCAUCCUCUCGUCUCAGAGUUUAGCUUCCAGCUGCUUCUCUGCUCAGGUUUCACCUCACAGGAAGUCCAGGUCUCAGAGGCCAGGAGGUCAACCUCAGAUCAGCAAGCCCAGCGUUAACUCAUCAUAGAUGUCAAAACUUAAUCUAUUGGUCWCUCCUUACUUUCCAAAUUUAAAGCUCAUAAGCUCAUAACUGCCUUCAAGACCUCUUACUUUGCUAUACCGUAUUUAUUCAAGUAUAAUACAUAAAAUUGAAUCCAUAAAAUCGUGCACAAAGUUGGGGGGGGGGGUAGUACUAUACUCGGAGAAAUAUUUUUGUGGAUUUAUUUUAACUGAAAUAUGGACCUCAUUCACAAAAUUCCUGAGCCCGGAAAUGAAACCACAUCGUAAAAAACAGUUGAAGCGAUCUUACCUCUUAACACUCCUUUGUGCCUCCGAGCGAGAUAGUAACAGAUCCAAACAGGCAACAUGAUGUGAAAAAAAAGGGAAAAAAGCAGUCCUGCAUAACGAACU